CCAGAAGCAUGUCUCUAUGGCGUAGUCUGUAGAAACUUCUCCUCAACAUCAGAACCUAAAGCCUGAACCUCAUUAGAUGAAAUCCUCCAGGAACUCAAUAAAGAUAUGCACAUCUACAAAGAAGGGGUUGGCGUGAAGCUCAUCAAUUUACAUGGAAAGGUCGGCAUGUUCAAUCAUGCCCAGAAGACGUUCGAUGAAAUGCCGGUAAGAGGUUUGUGGUCGUUCAAUACCCUUAUGGGAGCUUGUGCAAAUUCUAAGAAGUUUGAUGAAGUUAAUAGGCUUUUCCAGAGAAAUUAUCUAUUAAAUUGGCUUUCGUCUCCUACAACACGGCCAUCAAGGCAUUCUAAGAAGGGUAUGGAGCCAAAUAUGGUCUCUUACAACAUGCUCCUAGAUGCUUUUUAUAAGAAUGGGAAGUUUGUUGAUGGAGAGAAUAAAGAGUAAAGGAUAAGAAUCCGAUGUGUUUAGUUUCAAUAUUUUGUUUGAAGGCUUUAUCAGUGAGGGGAAUCUGGAGGAAUCUAAGUGGUGGUAUAGUCAAAAGAAGGAAAAUGGUGUCCCACCUGCUAAAAUGACAUUUCAACUGCUCAGUUUGCAAGAUAAUUUUUAAAUGGCUACCCAUCUAUGGAAGAUGGGCAUGACAUUUCAACUGCUAGUUCCAUUCUUUUGUGAGAAGGAUGAAGUAGAUUGUCUUUGAGCAGUGUGGAAGGAUUUUCAAUUGAAAAUCUGGUAGAGAAUUUUUUUUUUCAUGAGUCAUUGUUGCAGCAAGUGGUAGAUGAACUUGUUAAGUUCUCCAAGUUUGAAGAGGAAAGGAAGCUGGUACAGCUUGGAAAGACAAAUAAAUACCUUGAAUAUAGCCUAAAAUUGCCUUUAGAGUAGUAGUGGCAGCGCUAUAGCUCUACUAUUGUUAUUCUAGUUUGAGUUUGGAUCCUUUAUGAUAUUCAAGGAGUAUUUGCUACUCUCUAGGCUGGGUAACAACUUCUGUUGAAGCGCAACCAAUUUUAUUCUAAUACUUGGAGAUGUACCAAUUUCAGU